GUGAAUUGCGUUCAGAAACUGUCUCUCAUUCAUUUUGGUCUCGUGAAUUUACAUGUAAACUGUGGUAAGAUGUUAGCUCUUUUACAGGUACCAACAUUUUUGCCUGGCUUUGCUUUUUACUAUAGAGAUACAUGUAAAUUCAGAAAACAAAAAAAACAACAUUUCUCUUGGUUCAUGGAGGAGCAGUACGUCUCAACAAAUCCCCAUGGACAAAACAAAAAACAGUGAAAACAAUUCAUGUAUGCAAUAUGUUUUGUGUCUCAUCAUGAUUAUUUCUGUAGUCUUGCGUCUGUUUUUUUGUUUUUGUUUUAUUUAUUUCUUUUAUGUAAUUUCUUGUUGUUUUACAUAUUCUUCAUCGUUAGUGAUUUUCGACUCUCACUGAAGGUAUGCGUUUUGAUAUUUGCACUAGCUACUGUUGCUGUUGUCAGUUUGAAAUGAAGAAAAAGACAUAAUAUUGUUAACUGGGGAUUGUAAUGAUUAUUAUAGGACUGUUGUUAUAGUCUCAGUCUUUUACAGGUAACCGGUAUCGCUGUGGCGUUUCCCACAGACUCAAGCGUCAACCAGCAGUUUUAGAGAAUUCAAAAUCAAUCUCUUCGGACCAAGACAGCAAGUUGUUACUCUUUGCUGGUCAGUCUGCAUCACUCUUUGACUUAAGGAAACCGAGAAAAGCAAAUGUACAAUGUUUACCAACCAUAGUCCGAACCCAUCCCUCUAGAAACACACUUUAUUUAUGUCAUUUCACUAUUUAUUGACCAAAAUGGAUAUACUUGAUCAAAACCAGCCUCCUGUUCCGGUGUCCAGUUGGGGGCGGUAAGCUUGCCUCUAGUUUGCUUACCGCCGUUAAUGCAUCACGAAGAAGACGGGGGCGGAAGUGUAACUGCAAAACAUGGCGGCGCCCUAUAUCGACACACUUGGCGUACUAUAAGACCAGGUCGACGCACUUGGGACAAAUCCCCUCCAGUGUCAGAAACUUCCUCAGUUUCACUAUUGAACAUUUGGACUCAUGGUGCCUUUUUCAUGAGAGGGGCCAACAGCUGGUAUGACUAUGUGGCCGAACGGCAGAGCAGCAGCGGCGGCGGCAGCGGCCACUCGGAGGCUCCUGCAGCUCUGCUGCGCACCCACAGCGCUGAGAAGGGGGAGUGGUGGGCGGCAGCCGAGGGACUCCAGGCGGAUGUCAUCGUCGGGACCCCCGUGGAGACUCUUGUUCUUUGGCUCUGAUCACUUUGCUCUGGAGUCCCUGAAACUCCUCACAGCCAGCAGGUGCAACUCGUAGGAGCUCUGGUGAAAAGAUAGUGGAGUCCCUAGAAGUUGUCACUUUCUCUGCUGAUGUCCCAGUGAUGAAGUUUGCCCAAAAGAACCACCUCCCGGUCCAUAGGUGGCCCCCGGACAAUGUGGACGAACGGUUCGAUGUUGGGGUGGUGGUGUCUUUUGGCUGUUUACUCCACGAGAGACUAAUCAACAAGUUUCCAUACGGAAUAUUAAAUGUUCACCCCAGCCUGCUGCCCAGGUGGCGAGGUCCUGCUCCCAUCUUCCACACAAUCUUGCAUGGCGACACUGUGACAGGAGUCACCAUCAUGCAGAUCCGCCCUCUCAGGUUUGAUGUGGGCCCGAUUCUCAACCAGGAGCUCCAUCAGGUCCCUGUUGACUGUACUGCUGAGGAGCUUGGAGCUGCCCUAGCCACGAAGGGAGCACAUCUGCUGAUUGAUACGUUGAUGACCCUGUCAGAGAGAAUAGCACAUAAGAGGGAGCAAGAGAAGACGGGUGCAACAUUUGCCCCAAAAAUUAAUGCCUCCAUGAGCUGGAUGGUGUGGGAGGAACAGACUUGUGACCAAAUCCACCGCCUGUAUCGUGCCAUUGGAUCCCGGAUGCAUUUGAGGACAGUAUGGAUGGGCAGGACAAUAAGACUUCUGGAAUUUGUAGGAAAAUGUCACAUUUCAUUAUCAGAUCAAAACAGGAAACCUGUCCCUGGGUCAGUGACCUACCAGAAGGAAUCCAAUACUUUGGCUGUCUGCUGUAAGGACGGCUGGGUGGGAUUCAAGGCAGUGCUCCUGAAGAAAAGGCUGACAGCAGCCGACUUCUACAAUGGCUACCUGCACCAGUCUCUGCAGAGGAAAGAACCCUGUCAGACUGUGGAAGGACUGUUUGUCAGUAGGAAAGGUGGAAAUGCAGCACAUCAGAUGAGAGAAAACUCAGCGUUGUGACGCUAUGACAAUAAUUUUUUGUCCGGGAUGUGAACACUGCAGACAUGAUGUCAUCACCUUAUGGAAUCUACUCUAGUAAAGUUGUUAGUGUUGUCUGUUUUAAGACAUCUGCAUCUACAGUACAGGUUCUGUAUUAAUGUAUUUCAACUCUAUACUUGCAAUAAAUUAUAUGCCGUUGACAAAUGCCAGUAACAA